ACGGCACGGGUUAGUUUGCAACGGGCGAACUCCGCUCGCGCGUCAGCAAGACUUCUUACAAUUGUCGUCACAUUCCGCUCGCAGGGCAACAUUUGGCCGUACGCGAGCAAAAUCCGAACGUCGAUCUGCGCGCAGUAACGCCUCCUCGCUGUCAUGUAGGGACUUCAUGUGAACGCAUUACUGUUGACCGAUGGGACACAAACAGAGGGUCACUCUCGGUGUGAGGAGGCAACGUGAAGAGGAUCCGCCGUGUUUACAAGGAACGAAUCGCUUUGAAGAAGAAACAGAGCAAAUAGUGACAGUACUCUCAGAAAAGUUGAGUUCCAGCCGCAGGGGAGCAGGUCGAAACGCUUAUCAUGUCUAACAGAGAACACUGACUGAGUGUUGCGCGUGACUGGGAUCGCGUCUAAAUAAACACCUGCCUCCGAGGACCUUAAGAACUCAAACCUGACAGAAGAUUAUUUACCGAGGAUUAAGCGUCCAUUUGAAUCACUAAAUAAUAAGGAUAUAUCCGCCUGUAUUAAUAAUAACUCAUCUGGAACUGGGUGAAAAUGAGACAGCGGUUCAAACGCGCGCAGAAUUCACCCGUUUAUUUCCAGUUGUAAGCGCUGCCCUGACCAUCCUUUGGGUGCAUAGCUGUUGUUUUUUUUCAAACAGAGGUCUGUCACCCCGGAGCGGAGCAUCCGGACAGCUGCAUCUGGAGCAAAGGAGCGCUGUGCUGUUUGAAGGUUUCUGCAGAAUAACACUGGAGCAAUGAGUCGCAUCCCCUAUCCACAGGUGUUGACCAUCUGGAUUACGCUAAUCUCCAGGGUAACAGCUGACCUGACCUGCGACGCUCUGCUCCUGCUCUCCACAAAUCUUACAGCUCGCACUUUGAUCCUGUGGAAUCAGACGUCAAGUCCCACCAAUUCUACAGGUUUGUUCUGUAACACUUCGAUUGAUGGCAUUGGGACAUGCUGGCCCAGGAGCAGUGCUGGAGAAGUGGUGUCCCGUCCCUGUCCAGAGACCUUCCUCGGAGUCCGUUACAACACCACCAAUAACGUGUACAGAGAAUGUCUUGCCAAUGGCACCUGGGCGAAGAAGGGAAACUACUCCCAAUGUCAGGAAAUCCUCAAUGAGGAGAAGAAGAGCAAGCUGCAUUACCACAUUGCAGUCAUCAUAAACUACCUGGGACACUGUAUCUCUCUGGGAGCCCUGCUGGUCGCCUUCAUCCUCUUCAUGAGACUCAGGAGUAUCCGGUGUCUGAGAAAUAUCAUCCACUGGAACCUGAUUACAGCAUUUAUCCUGCGAAAUGCCACCUGGUUCGUGGUGCAGCUCACUAUGAACCCAGAGGUGCACGAGAGCAAUGUGAUCUGGUGCAGGCUGGUCACAGCAGCGUAUAAUUAUUUCCAUGUGACCAACUUCUUCUGGAUGUUUGGAGAGGGCUGUUAUCUGCACACAGCCAUAGUACUGACAUACUCCACCGACAAACUGAGGAAAUGGAUGUUCAUUUGUAUAGGCUGGUGUAUUCCAUUCCCCAUUAUCGUCGCUUGGGCCAUUGGCAAGCUGUACUAUGACAAUGAAAAGUGCUGGUUUGGGAAGCGGGCCGGCAUUUACACUGAUUAUAUUUAUCAGGGUCCCAUGAUCCUGGUCCUGCUGAUUAACUUCAUUUUUCUCUUCAACAUUGUGAGGAUCCUGAUGACUAAACUGAGGGCCUCCACCACCUCAGAGACCAUUCAGUACAGGAAAGCAGUAAAGGCCACACUGGUUCUUCUGCCGCUGCUGGGCAUCACAUACAUGCUGUUCUUCGUCAACCCAGGCGAGGAUGAGAUCUCACAGAUUGUCUUCAUCUACUUCAACUCUUUCCUAGAGUCCUUUCAGGGCUUUUUUGUGUCAGUGUUCUACUGCUUUUUGAACAGUGAGGUACGCUCAGCCGUUCGUAAGCGCUGGCACCGCUGGCAGGAUAAGCACUCCAUUCGGGCACGGGUGGCACGGGCCAUGUCUAUACCCACCUCUCCAACACGGGUCAGUUUCCACAGCAUCAAGCAGUCGUCGGCCGUCUGACCAGAACAGAAGUGAACCAUCAGUCCCCGUUUCUUCUGCUCCCGCUCUUUCCGUCCUCAGCUAACCAUCCACAUCCUCUGCAAAACCCAGGGAUAACAGCUAUGGGCCAAACAGGGUAUGAUCCUCAGCUGAAACAUAGAUGAAGGGUGGAAAUGUACAGAUAUAAUGAGGUCCACCUGCCAAACACAGAGGGGAAAAAACUGCUUCAGAAUCAGAUUAGAGCAUCGGUGGUCUCAGACAGCAAUGGGAGACCGUGGGAGGAACCUGACACAAACACAAAAAAGGUUGAUAAA